AUGGGUGGUACUCGUGAAAAGAAAGCUCAAUACUUCACCAAGUUAAGAGAAUUGUUAGAAAACUACAAGUCAAUCUUCAUUGUCGGCGUUGAUAAUGUCUCUUCUCAGCAAAUGCAUGAAAUCAGAAAGGCUUUAAGAAAAGAUGCUGUUGUUUUAAUGGGAAAGAACACUAUGGUUAGAAGAGCCUUGAGACAAUUCAUAUCUGAAUUGCCAGAAUACGAGAAGUUGUUGCCAUUCGUCAAAGGUAAUGUCGGUUUCAUUUUCACUAACAGUGACUUAAAAGAAAUUAGAGAUGUCGUUGUUUCCAACGUUGUUGCUGCACCAGCUAAAGCUGGUGCAGUCGCACCAAAGGACGUUUGGAUUCCGGCUGGUAACACUGGUAUGGAACCUGGUAAGACUUCUUUCUUCCAAGCUUUAGGUGUUCCAACCAAGAUUGCUAGAGGUACCAUCGAAAUUGUUUCAGAUGUUAAGGUUGUCGGAACUAAUGCUAAAGUCGGACCUUCAGAAGCUACUUUGUUGAAUAUGUUGAAUAUCUCUCCUUUCACUUACGGUAUGUCUGUUGUCCAAGUUUAUGACAAUGGCCAGGUUUUCCCAUCGUCCAUCUUGGAUAUCACAGAUGACGAAUUAGUCAGCCACUUUGUUUCUGCGAUUAACACUAUCGCAUCGAUCUCUUUGGCCGUUGGUUACCCAACAUUACCGUCUGUUGGUCACUCAAUUGUAAAUCAUUACAAGAAUGUUUUAGCUUUAUCUAUUGCAACUGAUUACACCUUCGAAGGUUCAGAGGCUAUUAAGGACAGGUUAGCUAACCCAGAUGCUUAUGCUGCUGCUGCUCCUGCUGCUGCUGCCGCUUCAAACGAAGCUGCUGCUGAAGAAGAAGCACCUGCUGAAGACGCUGAAGAAUCCGAUGACGACAUGGGAUUCGGUUUAUUUGAUUAA